CUUUUGAAGUGUUGGGGCCGGUCUAUUUCCGUAUGCAUAUUCUUAUGGACCAAUCAAUUUUUUUAUGCUUAUGGUUAUGCGCAAGUCUGUGCUCCGGCUCAUAUGUGUGAUAGAUUUUAAUAGUUACAUGACAUGAUAUAUUUAAUAUAAAUCACAUAAUAUUAUACAAGAUGCUUUCAAAUAAACAAAUUCCAAGAUUUUUUUAUGAUGCAAAAGAUUUUAAUAUUGCCGUUAAGUUAUAUAAAGAACAAGAGUCUCUGUUUGAUAAUGUUUUGCAGCAAACGUGGAAGCAAGCAGAAGAAAUAAAAGCAUUCCGAUAUAUUUUAAACAUAAGGAGCAGUAAAUCAUUGAAAGGAAAAUACAAAUUUCUGGCACAGUUAAAUCCAGACAGAGCUCAAUAUAGACGUACACCAGAAUCGAUUACAUCUAUGCUGCAACCUUUUAACUCUACAGGUUUUAAUUUUACUAAAUUAACACAACAAGAAAUAUUAUUUGACAUAGGAAAUGGUGAUACAAAUGAUAUAAUUGCAAUUAAUGCCAGUCCUUUGGAACAGGGUCAUUGUUUAGUUCUUACCGAACGCUUGAAAUAUUUACCACAAGUUAUGACAGAGUAUAGUCUUUACAAAGUGAUAGAAUUGUGUCUUUUGAGUAAUUCUUGGUCUUUGAGGGCUGCUUUCAAUAGUUUAUGUGCUCACGCAUCUGUUAAUCAUUUACACUGGCAUCUGUACUAUUUGAAAUAUGAAAUGCUUCUUGAAUAUAUUGAUCUUUGCAGUUAUAUGUCUGGUAUAGAUUUAUUGAUAAAUUAUCCAGCAAAAGGAUUCUGUCUCAAGUUGUCUAAUUUUAAAAAUAUCAAGGAUUUUGUGUCUCAAACAUUUCUUGUAGUGAAUUAUUUACAAUUACAACAAAUAGCACACAAUGUAUAUAUUACACGAGCAAAAUCACGACCUAAUGACGAUUUAUAUAACGAUAUACGUGUUUAUAUCUGGGCUAGAAAGCCGUUUAUUGGUGUUAAAGAUACGAUUGCAUUUAUACCUGCAGUGUGUGAACUCUUUGGGCAUUUAUCAAUCAGGGAUGAAGAUGUAUACAAUAAUCUAAUGGAAGAUGAAGUAAGCAAUGUUCUUAAUGAUAUAACAGACGAAUAUUUCUCAGUAAUAAAAGAUAAGCUUAAAUAUUUUUUAGAGAAAUAAAUAGAGAAUAAAACUCAUAUUAAAAAUUUAGUGAAUAGUGGAAUGAUAAAUCUCAUCAGUUUUUUUGUGUUGCAUUGUA